CGCGCUGGGGGCGAGCGCGGCGGCGGGCCGGGCGGGACCGCAGCGGGAGCCGAGCCGGGACUGUCGCGCUGGCCGCGCCGGCGAUGCCGCGCCCCCGGGCCGGGCUGUAGCGGGGCCGGGGCGGAGUACGCGCCGGGCAGACCGGACAUGGAGGUGGUGGACGAGACGGAGGCGCUGCAGCGCUUCUUCGAAGGCCACGACAUCAACGGCGCCCUGGAGCCCUCCAACAUAGACACCAGCAUCCUGGAGGAGUACAUCAGCAAGGAGGAUGCCUCUGACCUCUGCUUCCCUGACAUCUCUGCUCCAGCCAGUGCGGCCUCCUACCCCCACGGGCAGCCAGCGAUCCCCGGCUCCAGCGGGGUCCACCACCUGAGCCCCCCGGGGGGCGGACCCUCCCCGGGGCGCCAUGGGGCCCUCCCACCCCCGAGCUACAGCGCCCCGCUCAACUGCAACAACAACAACGGCAUGGGUGUUGCUCCCAAGCCUUUCCUGGGGGGUUCUGGGCCCCCCAUCAAGGCAGAGCCCAAGGCUCCCUAUGCCCCCGGCACCCUGCCAGACUCCCCCCCAGACUCGGGCUCCGAGGCCUACUCCCCCCAGCAGGUGAAUGACCCCCAUCUCCUGCGCACCAUUACCCCCGAGACCCUCUGCCACGUGGGCGUGCCCUCCCGCCUGGAGCACCCGCCCCCACCUCCAGCCCACCUGCCAGGCCCCCCGCCACCCCCGCCGCCCCCACCGCACUACCCCGUCCUGCAGCGGGACCUGUACAUGAAGGCCGAGCCUCCGAUGCCCCCCUACGCCGCCAUGGGGCAGGGGCUGGUGCCCACCGACCUCCACCACGGCCAGCAGUCCCAGAUGCUCCACCAGCUGCUCCAGCAACACGGAGCUGAGCUCCCCCCACACCCCUCCAAGAAGAGGAAGCACUCGGAAUCACCUCCCAACACCCUCAACGCCCAGAUGCUGAACGGAAUGAUCAAACAGGAGCCUGGGACUGUGACAGCCCUGCCCCCGCACCCAGCGCGAGCCCCUUCCCCACCCUGGCCUCCCCAGGGCCCGCUCUCACCCGGGCCUGGCUCCCUGCCCCUCAGCAUUGCCCGGGUCCAGACGCCCCCUUGGCACCCACCAGGUGCCCCCUCACCAGGUCUCCUGCAGGACAGUGACAGCCUCAGUGGCUCCUACCUGGACCCCAACUACCAGUCCAUCAAGUGGCAACCACAUCAGCAGAACAAGUGGGCAACACUGUACGACGCGAACUACAAGGAGCUGCCCAUGCUCACCUACCGCGUGGACGCCGACAAGGGCUUCAACUUCUCGGUGGGUGACGACGCCUUCGUGUGCCAGAAGAAGAACCACUUCCAGGUGACGGUGUACAUCGGCAUGCUGGGCGAGCCCAAGUACGUCAAGACGCCUGAAGGCCUCAAGCCCCUGGACUGCUUCUACCUGAAGCUGCACGGAGUAAAGCUGGAGGCCCUGAACCAGUCCAUCAACAUCGAGCAGUCGCAGUCGGACCGAAGCAAGCGGCCCUUCAACCCCGUCACGGUCAAUCUGCCCCCCGAACAGGUCACGAAGGUGACUGUGGGGAGGCUGCACUUCAGCGAGACCACCGCCAACAACAUGCGCAAGAAGGGCAAACCCAACCCCGACCAGAGGUACUUCAUGCUGGUGGUGGCCCUCCAGGCCCACGCACAAAAUCAGAACUACACGCUGGCCGCCCAGAUCUCAGAGCGCAUCAUCGUCCGGGCCUCCAAUCCAGGCCAGUUUGAGAGUGACAGCGAGGUGCUGUGGCAGCGGGCGCAGGUGCCGGACACGGUCUUCCACCAUGGCCGUGUGGGCAUUAACACGGACCGGCCGGAUGAGGCGCUGGUGGUGCAUGGCAACGUCAAGGUCAUGGGCUCGCUCAUGCACCCCUCUGACCUGCGGGCCAAGGAGCACGUGCAGGAGGUGGACACCACGGAGCAGCUGAAGAGGAUUUCGCGCAUGCGGCUGGUGCACUACAGGUACAAGCCGGAGUUUGCCGCCACUGCCGGCAUCGAGGCCGCGGCGCCAGAAACCGGUGUCAUCGCUCAGGAGGUGAAGGAGAUCCUGCCCGAGGCCGUGAAGGACACGGGAGAUGUGGUCUUUGCCAAUGGGAAAACCAUAGAGAACUUCCUGGUGGUGAACAAGGAGCGCAUCUUCAUGGAGAACGUGGGUGCCGUGAAGGAGCUGUGCAAACUGACAGACAACCUGGAGACGCGCAUCGACGAGCUGGAGCGCUGGAGCCACAAGCUGGCCAAGCUGCGGCGUCUCGACAGCCUCAAGUCCACUGGCAGCUCGGGCGCCUUCAGCCAUGCAGGGAGCCAGUUCAGCCGGGCGGGCAGCGUCCCCCACAAGAAGAGGCCCCCCAAGGUGGCCAGCAAGUCAUCAUCUGUGGUCCCAGACCAGGCCUGCAUCAGCCAGCGCUUCCUGCAGGGAACCAUCGUGGCCCUGGUGGUGGUCAUGGCCUUCAGCGUGGUGUCCAUGUCCACACUCUACGUGCUGAGCCUGCGCACUGAGGACGACCUGGUGGAAAGUGAUGGCUCUUUUGCCGUGUCUACUUCCUGUCUUCUGGCCCUGCUCCGGCCCCAGCACCCUGGGGGGAGUGAGGCCAUGUGCCCAUGGUCCAGCCAGAACUUUGGGACCACUCAGCUCCGACAGUCCCCCGUGACCACUGGGGUGCUGGGCCCACAGCCCUCUCUGCUGCUGGGUACCACCGGCCCGACCCGCUCAGCCCCAGCUCCAGCACUCCGCACCUUGGACCUGUGUUCUACCCGCCCCUGCCCGGUCAUCUGCUGCUCCUCGCCCAGCCCCACCCCCUCCACCGACCCCAGUCUGGGCCCCAGCUUUAAUCCCAGUCCUGGUCUCAGCCCUAGUCCCAGCCCCCCCACCAACCGCUCAGGCCCCAGCCAGAUGGCCCUUCUGCCGGUCACCAACAUCAGAGCCAAGUCCUGGGGCCUGUCAGCCAAUGGCAUUGGCUACUUCAAGCAUCCAAAGAGCUCGAACCCCGUGGCCAGCCCUGUGGUCCCCUUCCCUGGGGGCCAGGGCAAAGCCAAGAACGGCCCCAGCCUUGGUCUCCAUGGCCGGGGCCGCCGAUCGGCUCCUGAGCCUGGCCUGAGCCCUGCUCAGCCCACUCAGGCCCAGGGUCAGCCAGCCUCUCUCCUUGCAGACCCAGUGCCAUCCCUGACCUCCAUCCAGGUGCUGGAGAAUUCGAUGCCCAUUACUUCCCAGUACUGCGCUUCAGAGGAUGCCUGCAGGCCUGGAAACGUCACCUACCACAUCCCCGUCAGCAGCAGCACCCCCCUGCACCUCCGCCUGACCCUGCAGAUGAACUCCUCGUCCCCCGUGUCCGUGGUGCUGUGCAGCCUGAUGUCAAAGGAGGAGCCGUGCGAAGAGGGGGGCUUUCCACAGAGCCUUCACGCCCAUCAGGACACCCAGGGCACCUCCCACCAGUGGCCAGUAACCAUCCUGUCCUUCCGCAGAUUCACCUACCACUUCCGGGUGGCAUUGCUGGGUCAGGCCAACUGCAGCGCGGAGGCCCCGGUCCGGCCGGCCACGGACUACUACUUCCACUUCUACCGCCUGUGUGACUGAGGUGCCCUCUGGAGGCAGCACCACACCAGGGCCCGGGGGUUCCCGGGCGCCCCUUCCACACUGGAUGCAAUGGUGUUACACUGGAGCCCGCCGCUGGCACUUCUUUGGAGACUGAGCCGGCUUGGCCCUCCCCGUGCCUGGUGAAACUGGAAGUCCUCACACUGGAGCUGCUGUUCCCGCUGGUGGCACCCCCACACCACGGAUGGAGCUGGAGAGAGACCUGCCGGGCCCAAUUCACGUCUAUCCAGACACGGCCGAUGUAGGCCUGGUGAUGUCAGGUGCCCCAGAAGCGGGAGAAGCUGUGACUCUGUCCAGAGCCCACCCUCCCUGCCUCCCCUUCUGCCACUGGGAGCUGUCCCUCUUUGGGGAGAGCACCUGUCCACCUUUGGUAUUGGCAGGGGCUUGGCUCAGAGACCUGGCCGAGUCAGGAGUCGGUGGAGGGCGGACAGCCCUGUCUCAAAGCUGCUCCCUGGGGAGGGUUAGGGAGCGGACGUUUUAGGGUUUGACUGUUACUGGACUCGGACUUCUAAGCUUUAAGCGUGGCCCAGGAGGUCUCUUCUCCCUGGAAGAGCUUGGCUCCAAGAGCUCCCAGGGCAGCUGAAGCCGGCCCUGGAUGGGCUGGCGACUGACCAUAUGCCUUCUCUAUACACUCAGUGCCUGGCCGAACCAGGGGCGGGGCCAGCGGGCCAGGUAAGCCUUGGACCCUAGAACCUGGAGUAUCCCAAAGGGAAGUUCCCUGUACAGCCACACAGCCUGGGCUCCAGGGAGCUUCCACUGGUCUCUGAGCAGAGGAGCCGGAAUCCCUGCACGGCAGCAGGCUGGUCUUGGCUGGUGGAUGAGUGGAUGCAAAUAGCUUUUGCUGUUAUUAAUGAAGUAAUUACUAAAAUGCACUUAAAUCAGGGCAGAAGUAGAAGAAUGGAGAUGGAGAGUCCCGAAUGGGCCAGAGCUCUGGGGGACACUUAAAAGGCAGGGCCCUGGCUCUGAUCCGUCCCUGGGUGCCUCGAGACACCCACCCCACUCCGACCAACAGGACAGGCCUCUUCCCCCUCUCCUGUCUGCUGGUGGCCUCACUUUCCCAGAUCAAGGGCCCCAUGCUGGGCUCGGCCAGCCAGGCUGGGGGCCCUGUUCUUGGCAGUAGGCCCCAGUUCUGCCCAUCCUCUCUGGAGCAGAGCAGUGAGUUUGGGUUACUGAAAUCUUAUCUCAAGUGCCAACAUUAACCUUUCUUAGUGGGUAUCUAGACCCUUCUGAGGCCACAGCCAGGCUCAUGGAAGGAGUGGAAAUCACUGCGCAGUGUCUGCCGAGGGUUCAGAAAUGGGGACAGAACUGCCGUCCUCGCCUGGUGAUGUUCUGCUGCCUCUUUGGGAGCCAGGCCUUGCCCCUCCUGCCUCUCAUUCUCAGCUUUGAGUGGGAGCCUUUCAGGGGAGACCUGAAUCCUGAAGAAGCCUAGGAACCAUGGGCCCCGUUCUGCUACAGACAUCAAGCACUUGUCCACACUGGCGGGAUGGGGGGUAGCCAGGAUACCUCACCUCCCAGCCCCUCCGCAGUGGGAUUCCACGCCCUUCUGACAUAGGAAUUAAGACAGUUCCCCACACCACUGCUUCCCUGGUAGCUCACCUUGUAAAGAAUCCACCUGUAAUGCAGGAGACCCCCUGUUCGAUUCCUGGAUCAGGAAGGCCCUCUGGAGAAUAGGCUACCCACUCCAGUAUUCUUGGCCUUCCCUG